AGGGUGCUUUGUUCCAAUAUGUCUCUCGCGCCAGUAUCCCGGAGACUGGCACGGCGGCAGCUGCUCGAUGCUGCGUCACCAAAAUCGACCAUCAAUUCUUCCUACCGAUCUGGCUGUCGAUGCUACGCCACUCAGGACAAGGAUGAGCGGGAGAGUUUCAAAGGCCAGCUGUACCAGAGCACGAACGAGAGAGUGCAGAGAGAGAGGGCAGAGCAAGCUCGAUUUGCAGAGAUCCGGCAGGCACAGAGGGCGAGCAGUAGAGGCUCGCCAACAUGGCUCGUGACAGCCUCGUACUUGCGGCAGGCGGAGGUUGGUAUUAUGGCACGCAAACGGCAUCAGACCCAACGAGAGUGGCAUCGUCCACGUUACCAUUAUCGCACGCGAUCCCACCUCAGCACGACACAGCACCCAAGACGUUGGAAGCAGCAUGGGCGGACUUCAAAGCUAUCGUUGGUGAGGAGAACAUCUCCACGACGGAAGCUGAUCUCAAACAACACUCUGGUAGCGAAUGGAGCUCUUACCCAACGUUACCAGGCGACGUACCGUUCGCCAUCCUCAGUCCUGGCAGUACGGAAGAGGUCUCGAGAGUUAUGAAGGUCUGCCACCGCAGAAGGAUACCGGUCACGGCGUACAGCGGAGGCACCUCACUCGAGGGCCAUUUCGCUGCAACCCGAGGUGGCAUUUGCAUCGACUUCAGUCGUAUGGACAAGAUCCUAACGUUGCACAAAGAUGAUCUGGAUGUCGUUGUACAGCCUGCGGUAGGCUGGGAAACACUGAAUGAAGAACUUGCGGAGCACAACCUCUUCUUUCCCCCCGACCCUGGUCCAGGCGCAAUGAUCGGUGGCAUGAUAGGCACUGGCUGCUCAGGUACAAAUGCCUACCGCUACGGCACGAUGAAAGAUUGGGUGCUCUCCCUCACCGUCGUGCUGGCAGACGGUACUAUCAUCAAAACAAAGCAACGCCCACGCAAGUCUAGCGCUGGCUAUGAUCUCACUCGCACCUUUAUCGGUUCAGAAGGCACUCUCGGUCUCGUUACCGAAGCGACGCUCAAGGUCACGCCCAAACCACAAAACACCAGUGUAGCCGUCUGCACGUUCCCGAGUAUUCGUAAGGCCGCCGACUGCGUGUUCCGCGUCGUUGGGGAAGGCGUCCCGAUCGCCGCGAUUGAGAUCCUCGACGAUGUCCAGAUGCGCUGUAUAAACGAAGUUGGCAGCACGAGCCGUACGUGGAAAGAGGCACCCACGCUCUUCUUCAAGUUCAGUGGCACCCCGACAUCGGUCAAAGAGCACAUCUCUAUCGUACAAAAGCUGGCUAAGAGCUCUGGCAGUCAGACCUUCGAAUUCGCUCGCAACAAAGAAGAAGGCGACGAGCUCUGGUCCGCGCGAAAAGAAGCCUUGUGGUCCGUGAUGGCGCAGCGCAAGAGCGACAGCGACCAUGUCUGGACUACCGACGUCGCAGUACCGAUCUCACGCUUACCAGAUAUUAUCGAGGAGACGAAGGACGAUAUUGGCAAGUCCGGGCUCACGGGCGCAAUUGUGGGACACGUUGGUGACGGGAACUUCCAUACCAUACUCUUGUAUAACGAUAAGGAGCACGACAUUGCGGAUGCGCUAGUGCAUCGAAUGGUCAAGAGGGCGAUUGAGAUGGAGGGCACGGCGACGGGAGAGCAUGGGGUGGGGUUGGUGAAGAGGGAUUACUUACCGCAUGAAAUUGGAGAAGGAGCGGUUGAUUUGAUGAGGAAGAUGAAGCAAUCGUUUGAUCCGUUGUGUUUGCUAAAUUGCGAUAAGAUUGUCCGCGUGCAGCGACCGAAGCCGGGCGAAGUACAGGAGUGGUGAUUACCCAGCACCCAUACUGAUACCGAGACUACUAUGUUAUCGUUGCUCAAGGAACAAGAGACAGCCCAUAACUGCCAUGCGCCGCGUUGGACCCCAUGAUCGAUCAAGUCGAGGUGCGUACCAGUUCGAA